AUGGAUCCUGAUUUGUAUCCUCCAGCAGAAACGCUUCCUCGCGGCAAGGCUGCUUCUCCCGUUGCUCACGGCAAGGCUGCUGCUUCUCUGGGCGAGUCCCUCUCUGAAGACAGUUCCGACAGGUUUUUUGACUGCCGGACUUCACUCAGCAGCAGCAGCAGCAGCAGCAGCAGCAGCUCUGAGGACUUGACCUCCGGUCCUCCCUCCCACUAUUUUCCUGGUUCAUCCGCUUAUCCUCCUCCUCCCCCUGCUGCUCCUCCUGCCCAUCCACCCCCUCUGUUCGGGCCGACCUUCUCUCCGUACCCUCAUCUCUAUCCUCCUCCAUAUCCUCCCUCCCCGCCUGUUCCUGGUCCAUCCGCUAAUCCUCCCCCUCUCGCCCCUAUUUUUGAGGCACCUCAAAACUCGACUUCCGUUUCUCCCUCCCCCUCUGUUCCUGGUCCAUCCGCUUAUCCUCCCCCUCCCGCUCCACCUCCUCCUCACCCUCCCCCCCUCUUCGGACAGACCUUCCAUCCAUACCCUCAUCUCUAUCCUCCUCCGUAUUCUUCUCUCAAUCCCUUUUUGCCACCUUCCCUCCCUGCUACUCCGUUCAACUACCCUCUUCCACCUCCCCCUCCUGCGCCUCCUCCUGCCUUUGCUCCUCCCUCUCGUGCCACUCUCUUUGAGCGAGUAGAGCCCACAGAAGCUGCAUACCCCAUCCUCGUUUCUCUGCGCCGAGAGGCAGCAGCAGCCGCUGCAGAGGCAGCAGAAGCAGUCAAAACCGCGUCUGAAUUGCAGCGUUUGACAGCAUCUGCUUCUGGCAGGGCGGCAGCCGCCCAGGCGGAAGCUACAGUCGCUGCUGCGGAGGCAGCUGCUGCCGCGGAAGCUUCAGGGAAGGCAGGGAUCGAGUCAAAAGUUGCUGCAGGGAAGGCAGAGAGAGUAGCAGCACGAUUUGCUGCGAUUCUUGCUGAGAGUUUUGGUGAAGGGAACGAAGGAGAGGAUACUUGGGAGGUUGAAGAACGCACAGGGAUUGAGGAAUACGAUAAGACUGAAGUGCGCACUCACUCCGAGGAAGGCUUGCAGGCCAAAGGGGAGCGCACAGGGAUUACAGGUGAAAGGGAGGUUGAAGAACGCAAAGCAGAGAGACAGGCUGAAGGGCGUGAAGGCCACCACUACACUGAAGAAGGCUUGCAGGCAAAAGGAGAGCGCACAGGGAUUACAGGCAAAAGGGAGGUUGAAGAACGGUUGGAGGUUGAAGAAGACAAUAAGUCUGAGGGGAGCCCCCACACCGAAAAAGGGUUGCAGAUUAAAGGAUAUCCCCCUCUGGAUUCUCCUGCUUCAGGGGAGGGUUUUGUCAGAGGGGGAGGUGUGGAGGAGGAGAUGAAACGAAAGAGGGAGGGUAAGGAAGCGAGGGAAUUUGCUGCUAUGGGUGGGGAAGGAGAGUGGGAGAGGGAGCAAGUAGCCGAGGAGGAGGAGGAGGAGGAGGAGGAGGAGGAGGAGGAGGAGGAGGAGGAGGAGGAGGAGGAGGAGGAGGAGGAGGAGGAGGAGGAGGAGGAGGAGGAGGAGGAGGAGGAGGAGGAGGAGGAGGAGGAGGAGGAGGAGGAGGAGGAGGAGGAGGAGGAGGGAGGGACAAACGAACUUGAGGAAUAUCAACCACUGCUUCCCCGUGGGUUGGAGGAGCGUCGGACUGCAGAGGGAGCAAUGGAUGUGGAAGGAGGAGAGGGGGGUGGUGGGGAAGUGCAAUGGGAGCGUGGGGGGAUUGGGGGCGUGUUGGGAGCUUGUUGGUGGGCUCUGCUUUGCUUCUAUGGGCGUGUUGUUGGAGCAAGUAAUAAGGCUCUGAGUCUCGUGCGUCUCAUGCCCCGGGGUGAGGGAAAUGAGGGAGGGAGCGACAGGGAUGAUAUGGAGAUGGAUGAUGUGGUAGGGGUGCGUGGAGAGGAAGGGGGAAAGAAGAGGAGGAAGAGGAAGGGUGCGGAGAGGGGAGUGGGCAGGGGAGUGGGAGUGGAAAGGGAUGAUGUGGAGUGGGAGCGAGAGCAGCAAGAGCAACUGGCCCUCGCGCAGUGGCAGCAGCAGCAGCAUCAGCGCUGGUCGCAGCAGCAGCAGCAGCAGCAGCAGCAGCAGCAGCAGCCACAGCAGCAGUGGCAGGAUAAUCACGGACAUGCUGAUUUAAUUCAAUUGGACGUCUUUCCCCCUCAUGCUCCUCCUACUCCCUCUGCACCUGCUGCUCCUGCUCCCACCACCGCUCCUUCUCCUGCUCCCUCUGCCCCUCCUGCUGCUGCCUCUGCUGCAGCAGCAGCUACUGUCACUGCACUCCCAGCUCCUCAACCCCACCUGCCCCUCCCCCCAUACACCAUACACCAGUCACAAGCGAAUCUCUUCUCUGACACGGCUGCCUUUGCAGUCUUUCCUCCUCCCGCUCAUGUGAAUGCAAGCAGCAAGGCUCCUGCUCUUUCUCACUCUGCAAGCACUCACACGCCCUCUGCUCGUGCGCCUGGUUGCCGAGUGCUGGUGGUGCAUCGGGGGGAUAUCACCAAGUGGUUUGUCGAUGGUGCGACCGAUGCCAUUGUCAAUGCUGCAAACGAGACGGUUCUUGGUGGGGGCGGGGUGGAUGGAGCCAUUCACGAUGCAGCAGGCCCAAACCUCCUGAAGCUCUGCUACGAUCUGCCCGUGCUGAGGAAUGGCGAUCGCUGCGAAACAGGUGGGGCAGUGACAACAGGCGGUGCCUUUAUGGUAGGGAGUUGGCUGGCAUCUGUGCUGAAAGCGCCAUUCAGGUAUCCCCCUGUGAAGGGCGCUAAGGAUGCUCUAGAAGUUUUGCUUAGAGAACCGUGGGGGUCGGUGCAAGAGGUGCACUUUGUCCUGUUCGACAAUAAGAUGCUGAACGACUGGCUGGCUGCUAUCCGCACUGCCAACCUGCCACAGCUGAAGCUACAACGAUCACCACCGCUGCUGCCGCAGCAAUCGCGAAAUGAAUCAGCACAACAGCAGACGAAGCAGAUGGUGAAAGGGGAGGUGAAAGAGGGGUCGGGGAAGAAGGCGAAACUUCAAGCGGCAGAGGUAGGAGGAGAAGCAGCACGGCCUGCACAGCAGGAGGAGAAAAGGAAAAUGCAGCAGGGAACGCCACAGCAGCGAGUGGAUUUUUGA